AUGGUGUUGCUAGGCUCCCUCCUCCCUCGGUCCUCGGCUCAGCCGGAGCGGUCGGCGACCUGCCCUCACCUCUGGUCCAGCGGCGGCCGGGUGCUGAACCCGGGGAGGCGGAGAGCGCGAGGCGGCCGGGAGCUGCAGGGCGGCGCGGGAGGCGCGGGGCGGGGCGGGGCGCUGCAGCCGGCGUGGAGCCCGGAACUCCGCGGGCCGCGGGCCGGUGGCCCGGGCGGCGGCGGCGGAGCGCAGAGCGGCGCGGCGCGGGGCGGGAGGCUGGCGGCCACGGGGCCGGGGCGCAGGCUGGCAGCAGGCACCGGGCUGGAGCCGGGGAGACGGCUGACGCGGGGCGGGAGGCGGAGGGCGGGGAGGAGGGCGGAGGAAACUUGCGGCGGCGCGGGGCUCGGCUGGGGGCGGCGGGGAGCCGGCGGCAGCAAAGUUCCCCCAGCGCUUGGGGGCGGCGGCGGCGGCGGCGACCGGGAGCUGGAGCGGGAGGAGCGGGAGGAGGAGGAGGAGGAAGUGGCUGCGGAACGCUCGGCCAAUGAGUGUCUGGAGCUGUGA